AUGGAGGAACUCCCCAUCCGGCCGUCUGGGCUCUUUUGGCAGGACGACUUCAUCACACCGGAGCACGAGGCCAAAUUGAUCGAUAUAUUCCGGCAUGAGCUCGAGUGGCCAGACCGCGCGGGUCGCCUUUCGCUACAUUAUGGCUACACAUUUGACUACAAGACGUUUGGCGUGGACCCGGACGUCCCCUUCAAGGCGUUCCCGGACUGGUUGGUACCGCUCAUCCCCACGCGGGAGGACAGGCAGCCGGACCAGGUCUGCCUCCAACACUACCCACCGGGAGCCGGCAUCCCGCCGCACGUGGACACACACUCGGCAUACGAUCAGCUGUAUGCGCUCUCGCUGGGGUCGCCAGUCUUGAUGCAGUUUCAGCUAGGCGGGAGCGGUGAGGAGGGCAAGGAAAACCGAGUCGAGGUCGAUCUCACCCCGCGGAGCAUGCUGCAGAUGUCCGGGGAUUCGCGGCUGCACUGGACUCAUGGCAUCAAGAAGCGCAAGACGGAUACGCUGCCCGAUGGUACUGUCAGGAAGCGCGACGACCGCUGGAGCAUCACCUACCGCUGGAUCAGGGAACCGGCCGUUUGCGAGUGCGGCGAUGUCAAGCUCUGCGACACAGCGCAGAUGAGGGUUGGCAUUGAGAAGGAGUAUCGAUGGAAACAAGGAAAUGAGACCUCGGAUGGUGUGGCCGCCGCCGCCGCGACAUCAUGA